GAUAAUGUUCCAGUUUUCUGUAGGUUCGCGAAGCGGUGGUUCGCUUGUUUGUGUAUCGCAAAAUUUUGAGGCAUUCCAAUCGAAAAAUACGAAAAACAUUCGAUAUUUUCGCUAUUUCACUUGUGAAUUAAAGUAGUUCUUUAAACAUACUUAUAAUAAUUAGUUAAACUGUAAUGUUUUGUCUUUGUAUACUUGAGAUCGUUUGACGUAGCUAGUUGACAUAUCAUUUCGCAAGUAGUCUCACGGAGGUGGUUUAUUUGUGUACAAUCUGUUUCUGUGUAAGGUAUCGGAUUUUAGUGAUUUGUGUAAAGUGUGGCUUGUGUAAUAAUCAAAGGAUCGAGAUUUCUUAGUGUAAUUGAUAAAUAGUGCGUGAUGUGAACGUGGUGGGUAAAGUUUAAUCUACUCGACGCAGUACGUGUUUAGUGUGGUAUUGGUGUUUGUUUGCGGUUCCUGCGUCGUGAGAGCCAUGCUGGCUCGUUCGUGUCGCUGCGACGUUGAUGCACGACCGGGGGAGUGGGCAUCGCCUCACAAUAGUUUUACUUCAUAAUGGCGAGUGCAGUUACGCGGCAGUUCAGUAGCGCCGCUCAAGAUGUUGCGACCGGAGUCUCCCCUCGCUGAUCACCGCAGCCUCCUCCCCCGCCGCCUGCUGCCCGCCAAGGCACAGAUCGCACCAGCGGACAAACGCAAGAACAGGAGGUCGCUCGAACUCAACCCCCCUUCCAACGACCAUGCUCCAUACGAUUACUCGAAACUACUCAUAUCGAAAACGACCGACUCCCUGAACACAGAAUGCCCUCGCAAACUGAUAAACAAACAAGAUUCCACUGAUAGCCUCAAACGUGCACUGCUAUCCAAAGAUGAUAAGAAGUCUGCUAGCAAGGAGUCGGAUAAGAAAGGUCAGAUCUCAAAACAAGACUCGAGUGAGAGUUUGAAAAAGGCUUUACUUUGUCGUCAGGACUCUAAUGAGAGUGUUAAACGGAAAGAAGCUGAAGCAAAGCGUGCUCAGAAAGAUGAAACGAAGAGGGUUAAUGAGAUUAAGAGGGGGAGUGAUAAGAAAGGGUUGUUGGAGACGGAUAUAGAUGAGCCUUUGAAGAGGAUUUAUGAGAGGCGGACGGGUUGUGCUCGUCCGACGUUGCCUCCUGUCGCUGAGAAGUCAGCGCCGACUCCAAACUCUCCAAAUGGAAGUCCGAACACGCCGAGUGUGGCAGCUGUGGCCGAAGGACUGGCCCGAUGGGGCAGUGGCUUGCUGUCUCCUCGAGAGGAGCCCAGGCUGAAGGCAGCUAGGAGUUGGUACGGCUACGGCACACUACCGACAGAUAGUGAGAAGAUGGGAGCAGGUGCGAAUGGGCCCGGUGGGCGACGAGCCCUAGAACUGAUUCUGAGUGGAGGGCUCAAGUCCUUGGCAAGACCAGCGAAGCCAGUCCGCAGGGCUGCAUCCAGGGACUCCGUGCUGUCACAACCACAGCCCUUACUUGAAGGUCUUCGGAAAUGCUCGACAGUACUCGCAUUGACCGAUCGCGAGAAGUCAUCAGAGCCGAUGAGGGCUCACAAUAGACUACGCGCGCCCUCCGUCUGCUCCCGUUGUUCCUCGCUGCUGUCACUCGCUGGUGCCGGAGGCUCCAGGUAUUCCCUGGACGGUGCCGGUAGUGGCUUCGUGCCAGCGGCUCCCAUCAACUGCAAGCUCUGCCUAGAAGACGCGACCGUUGAUAAGGUCACCCUCAUCUCCGGCUGCGGAUGUUCCUUCUGCACUAAGUGUAUGAAAGCGUACGUUGAGUUCGAAGUGUGCAAUGGAGCGUACGAGGUGUCGUGUCCCGAUGCGAGGUGCAGAGUGGGUGCAGCGCUCAAUUUGGAGGAGAUCUCCGAUCUGGUGGAACCGGUAGUCAUGGAGAAGCAUCUCAAGUUUAGGUUGAACCAUGAGGUGGCGAUGGACGCGGGACGAGCGUUUUGCCCACGUGUGGGCUGUGACACAGUAGUGCAAGUUCGUGCUGCAAGCCCAGCCCAUUGCCCGACCUGCCGGCACGACUUCUGUUCACAGUGCAAUCAGGAGUGGCACGGAGGUCUAUCCUGCGAAGCUGCAGCGGCGUCGUCGUCCAUGGGCGGUGCUGGUGCGCCCCUGCUGCCUGACUCCGAGCUGAUCAAGCUGUGUCCCAUGUGCCGGGUGCCCAUUGAGAAGGAUGAGGGUUGCGCGCAGAUGAUGUGCAAGCGGUGCAAACACGUCUUCUGUUGGUACUGCUUGGCUUCACUUGAUGACGACUUUCUGUUGCGGCACUACGAUAAGGGACCGUGCAAGAACAAAUUGGGACACUCACGCGCAUCUGUACUAUGGCACCGUGCACAGGUGGUAGGAAUAUUCGCAGGGUUCGGACUGCUGCUGUUGGUGGCCAGCCCGCUCCUCUUGUUGGCGGCGCCCUGCAUCGUCUGUUGCAAGUGCAGGCUCUGCAAUCCCAGCACGAAGAAUCUCGAGGAGGUGGACGAGAUAGACAGCAUAAGUCCCACCCGGGACGACGACCGGGAUCAACAGCCGGACCGGUACCUAUCCGACUGACGCCGGCGCCGCGACCGUAGGUACUAAACUAUCACAACCCAACAUACUGGCGAAAUGUACUUCAAGAAUCCAGUACUUACACUGUACCUAGGUCCUAGGUACGCCAAAGUGAAAAUGAACACUAAAUACAGACUACAAAAGGACUAUUUUUCUCCACGUGUUAAAAGUAAUAGUUUUUAAAACCAGAUUCAAAUGUUUUUGACGUAUCUUUUCCGUAUUUAUUAAUGUUUAUUAUUAUUAUAAUAAUAGUGUAGUUGAAGUGCAAGUUUUAGCUUCAAUUCUCAUUGAAAAUGUUAUAUUUAUCUGUAAUAUGUGUCUAUAUGUGACAGAUUGUCGUAUAACGGAACUCUUGAGUAUAUAAGUGAACUUAAAAAUGACGGAUGACAGUUGGAGAUAUGUGAUAUAAAGUGAACUUCGCCUCUGCUAGAUAAAGGGAUAUUUUAGAUCUAAAUGUAAGACAGAACGCUCGCCUCUUUGUGGCUAAUGUAAAUUAAUUAACUGUACUAUACCUAUUUAAUAUCUCGUAAAUAGAAUAUUACUUUUUGUUUCAUAGGGGAAAACUGUAUAAAUUCUUUGAUAAAAAACUGCACUUAAAAAUGCUUAUGCUCAUUUUAUUGCGCUAAGGAUUAAAAAAAAUAGGGACAUUGACCCUCGACCACCUGUUUUUGACGUAAAAAUGACAUCUGACAUUUCAAGUGUCAUGGCGACUCUGAAGUUUCCCCCCAAAAAUAAUGUUCUGCUCACAACAAUACCUACAUGUGUUUUUUAUAAAUCAGUAGAAUUCAUAGUGAAUAAAAAUAUGUAUAAUAUUAAACUGGAAUGUAAAUAUUAUUGUAUUCAGCCAUUAUUAUUAUUUUAUGUAUAAGUAUGUCAAAUAUUGUGACUAAAUGACUCUGUCAUACUGUCGUUUCUUAGCCAAUGCGCUUAAUUGACUGUUAAAAAUAACAAAAAGGUAUGUGUACUAUAAAUUAAAGCUAUAAUUCUAUUUACGUAAAUAUUCUGUUCUUGACAAUACAUCUGUCAUUCCUGCCUGAGACAGUACGAUUGUGUAAUUCAAUAUUUUGUCACUAGAUGGCAGGAUUAACAAAAAAGGAGUUUUUGGACGAAAUUGUAAAAUUAUGACACGUAUAUGAUUCUUGAAUUGCAAAUAAUGACUAAAAAUUAUGUGAGAUAUGACUAUAAUCGUGACUUUGACCUUUUUACAUCAACUUCGUUUGACUAAAAUUUUGGAAAUGAUUAUAAAUGUUUGUUUGGUAAUAUGAUUGAGUACAAAAUAAUUUGUUUCUGUUUGUUUUUUAUUGUGUUUUCGUUUUUGUUGAUGACUGAGACUUAAAUAAGCGAUAGACUGAUGUAUGAUCAUGAAUAUUUGGGAAUUUAUUUAAUUAUUUCAUUUUUAAUAUUGAGAAAAUAGAAAUUUUCUUUAAAAAUUGUGUUAGAAGAACAAUUGAUUUUGAUUUUGAAGCUAUGGCGUGUUUUACGUACUUAAUUUUGUUUAAGUUUACCCAAGCGGCCAUGAAAAUUAAGCUUAAAAAUAAAAUUAACAUAAACUAAAAUAUCACUUUAAAAAUUCUAUCAAUAUACCUGGUACAGUCAAGCACUCAAAUGAGUAGUAAACUAAUAAAAUAAUUAUUGAAUUAAAAGUUACACUUUUGUGGUGGACUGUACCUGAUCAGAAGACCUAGUACGAAUUGGUUUUACAUUUAACGAGAUCGAAAUGAGAGCGCGGUCGGCGCUCUGAUGGCCCGCUGAGAAUAAACCAACCAAUUACAGCGCAGUACGCGCUCUCGUUUCUGUUCAACGUAAAGCAAACUCAUACUAAGAGUACAGAUUUGUGACUAGACUUGACACGACAAAAUGAAGUGACAUAUUAAAGUCUUUAAUGUUCUUAUAAAAUACUAUAAUGCGUAUGUACAAUCAGCGAAGUUAUUAGAUAUGCAAGUAAGGAAAUAAAAAGUAAUUUAGUGCAGAGACAGUAACAAUUGUUGUACUAAAUUGUAUGUGUUUUAACGAAGCUAAAUCAAUUGAUCGGUUUAUUGCCCACCAAUGGUUAAUCUGUAUAUUAAAGCAAUUUUAAUUUUCUUACCUGCAUACCAAAUAAUUUAGCUGACUGUACAUUUGACCUACGUUUAUGUAUAUCAGGACAAAACUAGAUUUAAUUCCCGCCUCAAUUUUCUUAAGAUAACUUCUUAAUAUAUAAAAUUAAAUGCACACAUCUUAAAAAUAACUUCAAAUAUUUUCCGAUUGAAAUGUACAGUUUAUCCGUAGACAUUUAAAAUAAAAUAUCUAGCCACAUUUGAGUUCUCGUACAAACAUUUCUAAAUAAAAUAUUUAUUACGUAUAUCUUUAUUUAUAUGCAUAGUUAAUAUGUGAUUUAUAAAUACAAUAUUGUUAGCAUAGGUUUAUGGUACGAUACAAACAAUUAAAUGAAAAUGAAGGAAAGCUGAAAGUAAGUGUAACUGCAAUGCAGUGUGACAAUGCAUGAAAAACAGUUUAAUAUUGAUGUCAUCCCUCAUGAUGACUUACCGAGGUCUUUUACACAAUGAUGGACAUUCAUACAUACUUGAGGUUUCGAAUCUUUUGAUCGCUACCGUAGGCUAUAGACGACAAACAGAAACUGCCAAAACUGGGCGAAUAUGCCUCUGUAUGGUAAUAGCCAAGAGAUUUUUUUUAUUCAUUUUGUUUGUAGUCUAUAGCCGACCGUUAUGCUCAAAAGAUUAAAAACAGAAUAUUCUUAAUUAUUGUCAGUUGCGUAACUAUAUUGUUCGAGGCCCAUGGCAAAUUUAUUGAGUGGGUGCCUUUUGCCUAUUAAAAUCGGGAAGUUCAUGUUAGGCUGGGGGCCCCCAUUUUUUUCCCUAUAGUUACGCCACUGACCAUUGUGUAAUCAAACUCCACUUGCACACUGCUUCCCGCGACAACGCGGGCCUUAAACAUUAACUUAUUAUUAUAGUACAUUAAAUAUUUAUGACUUUAUUGUAAAUAAGAAAUAAUAUUGUACUUAAUUUUAUAGUUCUCAAGGAUCGAUGACGUCACUUCUUCCAUUUAAACUUUAAUUGUAUUUAAAAAUAACACUCAAUUUUUAUCUAAAGAGGUUUUGUUCUUCACGAUUAUGAGGGCCAUGUUGGAUUUUCAUUACUUUUUCCGUGUCACAGAUGUCGCUAGUGUGACUUGUAAAUUCGAAGUUCUGAGUGAUAGGGCAUAGAAAUUUUUUGUAAUUUUUCUAACCACGAGUUUCUCCAACUGGUAAUAAAUGUAUACGUGGCGUGCCCUACUCAAAUUCAGACGAUUUUUGAAUGAAAAUUCCACAAGGCAAUCAUACUCGUACCUCGCCUAGGUGUAUGUAUUUUUUUAAUCUGAUAUUAGACUCCAUCGAUCCUUCUUAGCUUGUUGUAGCAAGCUAGUAAAAGCAUUUGUAGAAUUAAUCAGAAAUUGUCAGUAGGUGAUUAGAUGUGAUAGGUAAUUUGCUAUUGUACACUUGCAAUACAAUAAGAAGCUGUGUUUGUAUAUAAACGUAACUCUUUCUAAUUACUAACUUGGAAGUGACUGAAAAAUGAAAAUUGUAGAAGAAUGUUAGUUAGUAAGGGACUCGUUCCUGCUUGCGGCCAGGCAAGUUGAUGGAAUACCCGCUUAGUAUAUAGCUCACAAUGACAUAGCGUGAGGAUUAAUAUAGAGUUACAAAUUCUUAGUUUCAUGGCAUCUAUGUACAUAAUUUUAAAUGUGGAAUGUAUUGUGUUGCAAGUGCAAAAUAACCCUAAUGUAUCUCAUUAAGUUGAUGUAAAAUGACUUGUCUACGAUAUUGAAAAGACUUUCAUUUUUAUUAUUUACUUUUUUAUUGUUUAUGGUAGGUGCAAAUAUAGCGUAGGCGUUUGGUAGUGAUAUUGGCUGGUCAAAAGAUUGAAUACACAAAUAAAGUAUACAAUAUUUGCAUUUACCAUGUAAAAGAUAAAAUCGGCGUUGUAAAUAAAAAAAAAGAAUUUUAUUUUUUGUUAUUGAUUGUACUUCUUUAUUUUUGUGUUGAGACGAGACGACGUAUUUCCGUUAAUAUAAUUAUAAACAAAUAAUAAAGAUUUUUCUGAUAAAUCUUA